UCUGUGAAAAUAACAUUUCUUUCAAAAAUGUGAAAAUAGAUAUAUCAGAAAAUGUAGAAUUAGAAGAUAAAUCUUCAGAAAAUAUAGAAUUAGGAAAAUAUAUAGAUAGAGAAUUAGAUGAACAAACAAAUAUUUUAAAUUUUGAUAACUAUUUGCAAGAAUAG